UUCCUGGUGUUUGUGGUGUACUGUCCGAGAGGGAGUAUGCUAGGUAUCACAGGACAGUAAAUUGAUUAAGAAACAUCUCAGAGAACCUAUGUUUUCAUAACAUAUAUCAGCUAUAGGACUAACGGUUAUUUGCGAAUAUCCAUCGUUCAGCAGGUAACGUUACGUCCACUUGUUUAUAAAGUUCAGGGCGUUCUUGGAGAUUGUCAACAUCACAUUCAGUCAGGUUUCACACUGAACCGUCCAGUGGAUGUUGUGGGGUUUUAACUAGACAAAUAAAAUCUCGCUAAGCCUCACGAUGUUUUUGUUCAAAAAGAAAAAACCCAGUGGCGAUUCCAGGAAACGUCUCGAGUACCAGCUGUGUUUGGCCAAAGAAGCAGGUGCUGAUGACAUUCUGGACAUUUCUGCCUGUGAGCUUUCAGAGGUUCCCUCCUGUGCCUUCUCUAUGUGUAAAGUGCUUCAGAAGAAAGUGUUAAUUCUUCAUACAAAUGACCUGAGGUCACUCGUACCUAAAGGCUGCUGUCUUGGUGCCUUAGCAACAUUAAAGGUCUUGGAUCUACAUGAAAAUAAGCUCACAUCACUUCCAGAUGAGAUCGGACAGCUUUCGUCCUUGCAGGUGCUAAAUGCAGAGAAAAACCAGAUCAAACAGCUGCCAGACACUAUAGGAGGUCUUCUGCAUCUACAGACACUUAAUGUAAAAGGGAACUGCCUUACUGUGUUGCCUGUGUCUGUGGGUCGCAUGAGCAGCCUGCGGACACUCGACAUAAGUGAGAACAGCAUCAGAGAAUUACCCAAAGAACUGGCCAGUGUUCGCACUCUGGAAAGCCUGAUCCUGGACGCACAGGUUAUGAGCUUUCCACCUGCGUCAGUGUGUACAGGCGGCACAGAGGAAGUGCAGCGCUACCUCUGCUCAGAUAUGGGUCUGGAGUAUUGUCCUCCAUCUCAGUAUCUCCUGCCUGUGCUGGAGCAUGAUGGAGGGAAGCAGGAGAUGGACUGUGUUGAUGGUGAGGAGAUAGUCUGGCAGAACAAAUUUAUGGACUAUGAGAAAAGAAAGGAGCAGAAACAAUUGGAAAAGCUGAUCUUUGAGAAAGAUCUUGAAGAGAAACAGAGAGAGCAUGCUAAACUCCUAGUCCUCAACAGCUCUCUUAAAGAGGACGUCCUGCUGUCUGUCAAACUGGAGCAGGAGCGGUUAGAGUUAGGUGUAUCUCAGCAGCAAAAGGCCCAGGAAGCAGAGAGGCUGAAAGUGCUGGAUAAAGUCCGCCAGGCAGAGAGCGCUGUCAUGAGUCGCAUCUCUGAUCUUCUGCUUGAUAACAAACGCCAGGAAAAAAGCGCUGCAUUUUUGCAAGCCCUGGAGAAGGACCGCAUACGAAUGGAACACCUUACUACCAUCACACAGGAAGAAGCCAACUCUCUUAGGAAAAAGGAAGUGGCAGAUGCCAUGCAGAGGAUGUUGUCCGAGAGCUGCUCUGUACGGUUACUGCAGGAGGCCAGAGAAGCCAAGACAAAGUUUCUAGUGUCCGAAACCUGCAAGAGUUUGGACAAUAUGGAUAAGAAGUUUGACCAAGUGUUGUCUCUUCAGCAGCUAGACAAAAGCAAAGCCAUUAGUCAGAUCCUUCAAGAGGAGGAAAUGCAGAAGGCCGCCUUUGAAGCCCUUCAGCUCCAGAAAGACAGCGUGCACGCUUAUAUCCGUAAUCAGAUUAAACUCAUAGAGGCAGAGUUAAUGCAGCUCACAAAGCUGGAGGUUAAGAGGAGGAAUUUGGACACUGAGAACCUGCAGGAGGAGCUGUCUGACCAGAGGACGGCUCUGACUGACCUGCUGCAGCAGUUACUCAAACAGAAGGAUCAGAGGGAGGAGGAGCUCAGACUGGUCUUGAUGGAGAUUGAGAAGAAGAGUGAAUCCAACCAGCAGAACUACUGGAUGAUCCAGUAUCAGAGGCUUCUGGAUGCCAAACCACUGUCUCUGCGCAUGCAGGAAGCAGCGGUAGACAGAGAUCUAGGGAAUCUACUGUGCAAACUCUCAGCUCAGCACUACCUGCCAAUCAUAGCUCACCACCGCAUCACUGCUGAGGCCUUAAGAAGAAUGACUGCCAAAGACCUCAGGAAGUUGGGGAUCAACGAGGUUGGCGUGCAGAAAGCUCUUCUCCACUGGGCCAGAGAUCGAACUCUGUCUGAUCCUUUGCCGAAAACACUGAAAGAGAUGGAGGAAGCUGGUCCAUUCGCUCAGAGUGUUCCACUUCCACAUCAGCUCACUCCUCCACUGACCCCCAGUGCACCUCUAACCCCCACGACCCCAAAUCCUGACCGCUUCAACUCUGAGUGUGUUGUCUGCAUGGAGCUUGAGUCUCAGGUGAUCUUCCUGCCGUGUGGCCAUGUAUGCUGUUGUCAGACCUGUAGUGAUGCCCUGCAGUCGUGCCCUCUGUGCCGUGGCUCUAUAUCUCAGCGUGUCCGUAUUUACCAUGGCUGAAGCCGGUGAGCGCCCACCAAAUCCUCCAAUGCUCACAAUCAUACCUCACGUGUCGGUGUUUUUCCUUGUCCCCAUUCACUGCAUGAAACGCAUAGUCUGUGAACGUUCAAGCACUUUAGAAGUUAAUGGAUUUUCUCUUCCACUCCUGCUAGAAUUAGCCAAUCAGAGAAGCAUCUAUAACAGACGUUUGUCACAUUCUAAUAAACUAACAGCAAGUAGGUAUUUAUAAACAACUUAUCUAACUCAAACCUAAUAGUAGAUGAUAUACUAACAUAAGAGCUUUGUGCUCGCCCUUAUUGUACAUCCAAGCACUUGUGCCUUUUUCGGUAUUUAAUGUCUCUUAUUUAGACUCUUUUAACUAUAAAUGUAUCUGCAUGUCGUCCAUUGUGAAGCUCAGUCAUGACCUCCAUUAUUCUAGCAUCAUUGUAGUACAACAGGGCCACAUUUUCCAGCAUUAGGAGCUGUUGACACAGAGGGUGAAAAGUUCUAAUUGUAUUAAAAUAGAGAUGUUGCAGUGCUGUUAUAACAGUAAUGAUAGAGAGGAACAAUUGUUAUUAGAACGAUUUUCUCCAGCUGAUAAACUACCAAAGCAUUGACAGAUACACAAUGUAAAUAGCUUGAGUAUUUAAAGCAGGGGUCUCAAACUCAAUUUACCUGGGGGCCGCAGGAGGCAAAGUCUGGGUGAGGCUGGGCCGCAUAAGGGAUUUCAC